CUUAACUGGCGAGACAACAAGAUAUUAUAAACCAUCAUGGUGGGAUGGAGAAGUAAUACCAAAAAACCCUAUUAAUUAUACUUACUUAAGAGAAUCUUUGGAAAAUGCUGUUCGCAAAAGAUUAAUGAGUGAUGUACCAUAUGGUGUUUUAUUAAGUGGAGGAUUGGAUUCCAGUUUAAUAGCUUCUAUUGCAACAAGGGAAGCUGCCAAAUUAGCUGCUACCCAAAAUGGAUUUGAAGAUGAUCGAGGAGUUACCACUUGGCAAAAGCUUCAUUCUUUUUCUAUUGGUCUUCCAGGGUCGCCUGACUUAAUAGCUGCACGUUCUGUAGCAGAAUUUUUAGAUACUAUACAUCAUGAAUUUACCUUUACGCUUCAAGAAGGUCUCGAUGCAGUUCAUGAUGUUAUUCAUCAUUUGGAAACAUAUGAUGUAACAACAAUUAGGGCAAGUACCCCAAUGUACUUACUAUCGAGAAAGAUUAAGGCCAUGGGAGUUAAGAUGGUUUUAAGUGGUGAAGGAAGUGAUGAAAUUCUAGGAGGUUAUUUAUACUUUCAUGCUGCGCCAUCUGCUGCAGAUUUCCACAAAGAAACAGUUUCGCGUGUUAAAAAGCUUCAUACUGCUGAUUGUUUGCGUGCUAACAAGUCCACAAUGGCUUGGGGUCUAGAAGCUCGUGUACCAUUCUUAGAUAAAACAUUCCUUGAUGUGGCUAUGUCCAUUGAUCCUGAAGAAAAAUUAUUUAAAGAAGGGAGAAUGGAGAAGUACAUUCUCAGGAAAGCUUUUGAUGUGUCAACAACUGGAGAUGUGCGUCCUUAUCUUCCAGAGUCAGUUCUUUGGCGUCAAAAAGAACAAUUCUCUGAUGGUGUAGGAUAUAGUUGGAUUGACACUCUCAAAGAGACUGCUGAACAGCACGUCACUGAUGAACAAUUGGCUAACGCUGCUAACGUUUGGGCAAAAGAUACGCCAACUUCCAAAGAAGCAUAUUGGUAUAGAGAACAAUUCGAAAGUUGGUUCCCUGAAGAAGCAUGUACUGAUAGUGUUGAAAGAUGGAUUCCAAGAGCAGAUUGGGGUUGCCCCGAAGAUCCUUCAGGACGUGCUCAAGCUGUACAUAAUGCCGCAAUUUAA